AUGAGUUGUGGCAUUAAGGGUGGUGGAAGUAGUGUUGGUGGUGGCAGGAUCUGUGGUGGAGGCAGCAUCAAGAUUACAUCCUCAGGAUCCUCAAGAGGAUUUUCUGGAAAAAGUUAUGGAGGAGGAUCCCGAUGUGGAUAUGGAGGGGGUGGCUUCAGCAGUGGUAGCUGUGGGAAAAUUACUAGAGGGAGAAUAAGCUAUGGAGGUAGCUGCUAUGGAGGUGGCAGCUAUGGCGGUGGAAGUUAUGGUGGUAUUUGCUAUGGCGGUGGCAGCUAUGGUGAUGGUACCUGCUACCCAUUCAGCAGUGGUAGUUUUGGUGGUGGUGAUGGGGGCCUCCUCUCCAGCAGUGACAAGGCAACCAUGCAGAAUCUUAAUGAUCGCCUGGCUAAUUAUCUGGACCAAGUGAAAAGGCUGGAAGAUGAAAACUGUCAGCUUGAGAUCUGUAUCAGAGAAUGGUAUCAGAAGCAUGGUGAUAUUGGACCAGAUAAGGACUAUAGCCACUAUUACCAAGAAAUUGACCAACUCUACAAUGAGCUUAUUUGUGAAACAGAUGAUUAUAACAAAAUUCUUCUGAAUAUUGAUAACACCAGGAUGACAGCUGAAGAUUUUAAACUGAAAUAUAACACUGAAGCGAGUCUCCGUCAGAAUGUGGAGGUUGACAUUAAUGGAUUGCGCCCACUCUUGGAUCAACUCACUCUUGCCAAGUCAGAUCUGGAAAUGCAGUGUGAGUCCCUCAGAGAGGAGCUGAUAUGUCUUAGGAAGAAUCAUGAGGAGACUCUGAGAGGACUCCGAAGCCAGAGAGGUCAUGGUGAUGUCAGUGUUGAAGUGAAUGCUGCCCCUGGACAAGACUUGAAACAACGUCUGGAUCAACUCCGGUGUGAAUAUGAAACCAUCAUUGAGCAAAACCGAAAAGAGGUGGAAAUCUGGUAUGAAAGCAAGAUGGAAGAGGUUCGCCAACAAGUGACUACAAGUGACCAGGAGUUAACUUCAGGCAAUCAACAACUUUCAGAACUGAGACGAGAGUACCAGGCCCUUGAGAUUGAGCUCCAGUCUCAAAUCAGCAUGAUCCAGUCUCUGCAAACCAAUCUGGAGGAUACGGAACGUCGCUACAACAUGCAGCUACAACAGAUUCAGACUAUGAUUGAACCAGUAGAAGGAGAGUUGGCUAGCAUCCGGUGUGAGAUUGAGAGUCAGAGUCAAGAAUAUCAGCUGCUGCUUGGCAUCAAAACGCGUCUGGAACAGGAGAUCUGCCAAUACCGCCGAUUGCUUGAGGAGGGACAGCAAGAAAUUGGCUCAGGAGGUGGAGGAGGAUAUGGAGGUGGUAGAAUAGGUGGAGGAGGUGUCUGUGUAGGAGGAGGCAUCGGCGGAGGAGGCGUCUGUGUAGGAGGAGGCAUCGGCGGAGGAGGCGUCUGUGUAGGAGGAGGGAGUUCUUCGCGUUGGAAGAGUAAUAUUAAUCAGUAA